AUGCCAAAACCCCACGCCCUACUCUCUCCAUCCCAUUAUGACAACGAUGCCGCAUCCCUGCGGUCGCCGUCGGAGCAGGACUCCGACUCCGAGGAUGACGAGUUCCUCCGCCAUCCCCGCAGCACCCUCGAACUAAACAGUCACGAUCGCGCUGUUCUCGAAGAUGAAGAUGAGUUAGAAAAGCUCUUGACACGUCGAGGCCCCGCCCAUGGAAUACGGAGGAUGUUCAGUCCUGGUCCCAGUGGGAACAGCGUGCGGAUUGGAGGAGAGAGCGACGGCGGGCACGCAAAGAGGCCCGCCUAUCGCGUCGGGAGAGAUGGAUCUUCGUGGGAUCUGGACGAAAAGGAGGACCCUCUAUAUCAACCGCCAUCGCGUCCACACUGGCUCAAACUUGCAUUAGCCUCUGCCGUCAUAACCAUUCUGUUCUUCAUUCUUCUCCUCGGCGCAUACAAAGCUUCGAGCGGCUUCCGAGCUUCACACCCGCAUCGAAACCCGCCACCCCUGGUUUCCAACGGCACUGCUCUAUUCGCGCCCACAACCAUUCUAGUCUCCCUGGAUGGAUUCCGAGCAGACUUUCUCGAUCGCGGCAUUACCCCAUCUCUCAACUCGCUCGUUGCCGCCGGCGUUUCCCCGCAAUACAUGAACCCCAGCUUCCCCAGCGUCACCUUCCCGAAUCACUUCACACUGGUCACCGGCCUGUACCCCGAGAGUCAUGGAAUUGUGGGAAAUACCUUUUGGGACCCGGAGCUCCAGGAGGAAUUUUAUUACACCCACCCGGCCGUUAGCAUGCUGCCCAAAUGGUGGAAUGCAGAGCCGCUGUGGGAGACGGCCGAGAAGCAAGGAACCAGAACUGCUAUCCACAUGUGGCCAGGCUCUGAGGCUCACAUUGGAAGCGAAGAGCCGAGUUACGUGGAUAAAUUCAAUAGCACGGAAGCUUUAUCGCGCAAGGUGAACCGGGUCCUAGAGCUCUUGGAUCUCCCGGGCGCCGAGACCUCGCAUCUCAACCCGGAACGACCUCAAUUCAUCGCAGCCUAUGUCCCCGACGUCGAUAGAGAUGGUCACAAAUUUGGACCGAACAGCACCGAAAUCCGAGCCACAAUCUCCCGCGCGGAUACAAUGAUCGGCGGCUUAAUGGCUGGUCUAGAAAGUCGCAAUCUCACAAACGUGGUCAAUAUUGUUGUCGUUUCAGAUCAUGGCAUGGCCACCACUUCUACUGAGCGAUUGGUCCAGUUGGAAGAUCUUGUCGAUUUGGAUCUCGUCGAGCGCCUUGAUGGGUGGCCAUCGCGCGGUAUACGCCCCAAGCGAGCAGAGGACCUACCGACUCUGCAAAAGCAGCUCGAGGAAGCCGCACCAAAGUAUGCGCAUGCUGUGGAGAUUUACACCCAUGAAACAAUGCCGGAGCGUUACCACUUUACUCACAACGCUCGAAUCGCGCCUUUAUGGGUGAUCCCCAAGACCGGUUGGGCGAUCGUCGAACGGCCGGAGUUUGAUGCGAAGAAGGCCCUGGAAAAGGGCGACGUGUACCACCCCAAUGGUAUCCACGGCUAUGAUCACGAGCACCCAUUGAUGCGAGCUAUCUUCAUUGCACGCGGUCCAGCCUUCCCGCAUCAACCUAACAGCCGCGUUGAGCCUUUCCAAAAUAUCGAAGUGUACAACAUCAUGUGUGACUCACUAGGCAUUGAACCCAUCCCAAACAAUGGCACACUCCGUCUACCGCUGAAGCCAGUUGGUCUCCAUUCCGACGAGGAUGCACCGAUCAUCGAAACCCCAUCUGAUCCGCCCGAGCCCGAAGUGACCAACACCACCACCAGCAACACCAAUCCGACCGCAACAACCGCCGAAACUCCCGAACCGACGAGCGCAGCUUCUGACGCGCCACCAACUUCCAAUCCACAGAGCGACGACGAGAAGGCGCCAACGUGGUGGGGAACGUUGUGGCAUAAAUUCGGCAACAAGUUCAGCGAUUUUAAGGAGUGGUCGAAGGAGUUGUUUGAUGCUGAGCACGACAAUCACCCGGAUGGAGAGUCGGAGUCAAACUCGGAGUCGAAGUCAGAGUCAUGA